AUGACACAACAGUUGUCCAGCUCAAGUUCCAGUCAAAAUGUGAGUCGGAUUCGUUGUUUGUGAACCACUUUUGCGCCUUUCCCUUCGGCUCGCCUUCGUUAAUUAGUAGUUUAUUAUUACGUCGGCGUUCCCGACUUGGAUUUGUUUAUUCGAGAGCUAAUUUUUACGCCGGGUUUAGGGAAUUUUAAUUUUUUCGGUGGUGUGGGGAUUAAUUAGCAAAAAAUGUACGUUUUUCUCCUGUUAAAAGUAAUGUUUUGAAAUCCUCAAAACGAUAUGGCGUAUUUUACAAAAGAUAAAAUAAUUUCAUCGUAUUUGCUUCAAAUUUUUUUCAGAUAAACCGGGUCACAUUCAGUCAGAAAGACGAUGUUUUGAUUAUCUCUGAGCUCGAAAACUGCAGUCCAUUUGAGCCCUCGCUUCGGCCAGAUCUCAUCAAGAAGAUCAGUGUGCAAUUUGCAGAUCAUUCAGUUCAAGAGUUUUGGGUCGAUAAAUCUGGAGCCAACAAUUUUCCAGCAAGAAGUCAUAGUGUGAGUUUUCAUAUUAAAAAUUUGUCUGAUAGUUCUUUUGCACCGAGCAAAUUUCAAGAAAUUUUGCACCGUGCCGUUUACUCGCAAGUUUUAUCCAGAAAAUCUGUCAUGAUGACUUAAUUUUUUUCAUAAAAUAUUGUCUGAUUCUUUGAAGGUAUCGUUCUUCUUUGCACACUGCAAAUUUUUUGAAAUUGCUGAUUCUGCACUGUGCAGACUAAUUUUUAAUUUUUCAUUUUGCACUGUGCAGUUUACUCGAAACUUUUGUCCAGAAAAUCUGUCACGAUGGCUUAAUGUUUUCAAAAAAUUUUGUCAGAUUUCCUGAGGGCAUCUCUCUGCUUUGCACAGUGCAUAUUUUUUGAAAUGAUCAAUUCUGCACUGUGCAGACUAAUUUCUCAUUUUGCACUGUGCAGCUUACUUAAAACUUUUGUCUGGAAAGUAGGUUACGAUGACUUAAUUUUUCUCAAUAUUUAUGGUCAGAUUUUUUGAAGGUAUCUUUCUUCGUUGCACAGCGAUAUUUUUAGAAAUGAUCGAUUCUGCACUGUGCAGACGAAUUUUUACUUCUUCAUUUUGCACUCUGCAAAAACCAAAUGAAAUAUUCCCAAUUUCAGUUCAAUUUUUGUGUGCAAUGCUCCUCCAGAUUUCUUGAGCAAGCCGAUUUCCUCGCCCACUGUGAUCAGACGCAUUCGGUUCAGGUCCAAGAGACCGGUGAUUUGACUCUAAUGAUCAGUGAUCACACCAUCCUCAACGGGUACAGCAAACCGGAAGAGAUGGCCAGCAGUAGUAUGGCCAGUCAGUUCAUGAUGAAUAUGAGUCAGCAGAUGCUGAAUGGAGGUAAGUUGGAUAGAAUGACAUUUUUUUGAAAUUUUUACGGCGGGAUUUGGGGUUAAAACAGAAUGCCAAGAAUUGGCUGGAAUUAGAAUUUUUGAAAUUGACGGUUGCAACCGGUUGGAUUAGAGGCUUGGAAAUAGAAGUUAAUAGCAAAAUACGCUUAACGACCCUAUUUUCUCAAUUAGUUUCAAUGUAAAAACACAAUGCCAAGGAUUGGCGGAAAAAUUAAAAUUUGAUUUUUUUUCUCAAACAUAACCAAAACUUUAUUUCAGAGCUAAUGAAGUUCAUGAGAGCCCAACAAUUCCCCCAGAACGCUCCAUUCGUCCAACGGAACAGCUCCAAAACCCUGAAAUGCCCCAAGUGUAACUGGCAUUACAAGUACCAAGAGACCCUGGAGAUUCACAUGAAGGAGAAACACAACGAUUUGGAUGUAAAAUGCAUCUUCUGCUUGCAGAAUCAGGCUCAUCCCAAGCUUGCAAGGGGAGAAAGUUACUCUUGUGGAUAUAAGCCGUAUCGCUGCGAGCUCUGUAAAUACAGUACGACCACGAAGGGCAAUCUGAGUAUUCACAUGCAGUCGGAUAAGCAUUUGCAUGCGGUGCAGGAGAUGCCCAGCAAUAUUGGUGAGAUUUUUUGAGGGUCUUAAGGGAGGUUUUGGGGGUUGAGACAGAAUGCCAGAGUUGGCGGGAAAUUUGAAUUUUGAAAUAAAUCUUGGUGUAUUUAGGAGCUUUUUAACAAAAAAUGUUGUUAAAACUAUAAUAUUAUGGAGAAGUGCCCUUCGUAUUUUACUUAUUUUUUGACACCUUGAAACGGAAUGCCAAGAAUUUUUGCGGCACUCUUCAGCUUGAAACAGAAUGCCAAAAGCUAGCGAAGAAGCUGAAAUUUAAUUUAUAAACUGGGUUUUUGUAAUAUCACUUUGCCGACACCCGUAUUUUACAAAGAACGCAAUUUGUUUGUCUUGAAAUAUGAUGUCAAACUUUGGCAGAGUUAUGAAUUUAAAUAAAUUUUUUUUUUUGCCAUCGCUGGAAUUUAUCUAAAAUACAAUAUCUGCAGGUCAACAAACCCCUAUGAAUCCGCUGGAAAUGUCCUCUGACAAGGUCUUUUCGUGCCUUAUCUGCAACAAUUUCCGGACCAAUUCCUCGGCCGAACUCUUGGACCAUCUUGACCGCGACCGCAACAAUUUGACCGUCGGCGAUGUCAGCAUGAUCAACGGUUUCUACCAUUGCCAUUUAUGCCCAUACAAUACGAAUCUUAAGGCCAAUUUUCAACUCCACACCAAGACGGACAAACACAUCCAAAGAGUGCAGUUGGUCAGUUUGUUUUGGUCAUAA